AUGGCGUUCGAGGAUGAUUAUGCUGCUAGGGCAGAUGGAAAUACCAAAAUUUGUGUGAAGUACACGAACAAGGCUAGCUGUGUUGAGUACUGCAUUGGCAGAUUCAAAUACUGGAUGCGGAACGACGACCAGAAGAUAGUUGCACUGGAUGUGGAGUACACCUGGCCUCGUGGUCCGACACAGAUGGCGGCCGUGGUCCAGUUAUGCGUUGGCAUCUACGUCCUCGUGUACCACAUAAGCGUUGCUGAUGAGCACUGCGGCCUGCUUGCCGCCUUCCUGCUCGACGAGGAGUACACCUUUGUUGGGGUGGACAUCAACAAUGACGAGAAAAAACUCAAGCAUGUUGGUCUGGUGGUACAAAACUUUGUGGAUAUCCAGAAUAUGUGGAGAGUGCCUGAUCCAGUGACGAUUAAGCCAAAGUAUGGCUUGGCUGACUAUGCUGGUUCCAUCAUCCACCACAACUACAACAAGAUGAAGGACGCUCUCACAGAAGAUGACCACCAUAUAUGGGCAGAAGCGCCCUUGCCCUUGAAGAACAUCUAUUAUGCUUCCAUGGACGCGUAUGCCACCUACGACGUAUACAGGCAGUUGGUGAACUUCCAGAAGGGGUUCGAGAGUCAGCGCCAGCAUCUCGCCAAACCAUCUAGGCGGUCAAAGAAGUCCGGAAGGAAGAAUGAAUCAACCUAA